GCAAGUGACAUCUAACAAGGACACCUCAGACGCAGCUGUAUCUUCUAGAAUCAAGUCUUUCAUGCUUGCUGUCAUGCCUUGAGUAUGGCGCUUCUAGUUGCACACGUCCAUGUCGGCUGCUUGAAGCUGGUAGGGCGCUGUAGAAAAGGGUCCGAAUGUCUUCGCCUGUGUCCGUUUAAGAGCUGGGAACCAACGUUGAAGAGACCCACGCAGAUAUCGGGUAAGCUGCCGUAAAGCCUCUGUUCGUCUACGCUCAAACAUGCCUGAUUCUGUCCCUGGGCGUCUUGCGAGUUGGCUCAAAGGACUGCCUGACAGGUAUAUCCCGGAAUGCCUGACACGUGCGCGGUAUCGGCGCAGCCUGACGUGCCAGGUGAGGGAAGGGCAAAUAUCACUCAACGUAACUGGACUGCGCGCGUUUGCAACUUCUCAGCCUUUUAGAUCUUCGAAACCAACAUGCGGUCGAGAAGCUGUGCUGCCGAGCGUAUCCUCGACAGCAACGGCAGUGCUCGGGCCUCAAACCGUUCAGAAGACUCGCGAUGCAGAACUGACGCUGCCUGAUUUGACAGCGCCGCAUCACGCCCUCUCGAGACCCAGCCUCGCGGACCUGCAAACGAUGCGUGGGUGGACGAACGACGGUACCGCGAUAUCGCAGUCGCAUUUCACAGGCCAGUCACCCCAAGCUGCAGCGCACUGCGAGAGCAUCAGCCGUCCAGCGCAACAUGACCAUCGAGGCUUCCGAGUACGGCAGCCCGGUGGUUUGGGCGCGAUGUGUUCGCUGUCUAUUUAACACUGUGUAUUCACGAUAUGCUGCAAGACACGACCGCGAGAAUCCGCUCUCGUCAACGCUUCUUCACAGGGGUAGCUUGUCACA